UUUCCCCUCAGCUCGGGGCCCGGCGUCGUUCCUCGCAAUCCGCUUGCGGUAACUGCAUCGCCCUCUCCAGCCCCGGCCGGGGCCGGUGGCUCUAGGGACUAGCAGCGGCAGAGCCAAGGCACGGUGCUGCUCUUCGCCUGCUGCGGCGGGCGCUCGGGCCUCAGCUGCGUUAGGAGACCCGGGGGCUGGCUGUGCAACCUCCCCCGUCUCAUCGGUGCGACCCCGCAGCGGUUCGAGUUAGUGACCCAGGGAAAGGAGCCUCUCCAAGGAGAGCGGAGCUGUCUGGAAGAAAUGGACGCGGGUGGUAGCUCGGGUCAUCGGGCUGCUGCUAACACCCCCGCGUACAAAAGCGGGAGCCUGGCUUGGUGGGCUACUUUUGUACUGCAGGUGUGGUGAAAGGACAUGGAAACCUCGCUAAUGGAGAAACCGCGAUGCUGUGCUGAGUAGAGAUUGGGGUUCAUGCUGGAAGUGGUACAGCAAAUAAUCUUCCGUGGCAGACAAUACCCUCUUUCUGCUACUCGGGGAAGAAAAGACCAUGGGUUCUGAAUCAAAGCAAAGUUUCAUAGGAAGCUUUCUGCAGCCUCCAGAUAAAAUGUUUGUUCCUACCUUUGGUCAGAGCAAGUCAAAGAAGGCAACAGCUACCAUUGGUGACAUGCUUCCUGCCCCAAACAACCAAGCUCUGAUGUCAGCCCUCAAAACUCUUCAAGAAAAGAUCCGUCAUCUAGAGUUGGAGAGGUCGCAGGCUGAAGAUAACCUGAGCUGCCUUUCCAUUGAGGCUGCCCAGUAUAAAAAGACCUUGCAGCAUGAAACAAAUGAGAAAGAUAUAGCACAUGAGGAAUUGAUACAACAGAAAAAAGAUGUUAGUGUGCAGUUAAGUGCAGCACAAUCCCGCUGCUCCCUACUUGAGAAACAGCUGGAUUACAUGAGGAAAAUGAUUUUCAAUGCAGAGCUAGAAAAGAAUAUGGUUCUAGAGCAACAGACUCUGCUUCAAAAGGAAAAAGAUCAGAAUCAGAUGGAGCUCCAUGCAAAACUUGAAAAGCUUGAAGUCCUAGAAAAAGAGUGCUUCAGACUUAGCACUACACAGAGAACUGCAGAAGACAAGAUCAAACAAUUGGAGGAAAAACUUUGUGAAGAAGAGCAUCAGCGUAAGUUAAUACAAGACAAAGCUGCUCAGCUUCAAACUGGGCUUGAGAUAAAUAGAAUUUUAAUGUCUUCAGUGUCGCCUCAAAAUGAGCCAAAAAAGAAAAACCGGAAAAAGAAAACUGCAAAGAAAAAAUCUGCUCUGAAGAAAGUACAUCCUCCACAAUUUUGCCUAAAGGCUGGGAUGCUGCCUUUUGUGGCUGGGAAGUCUGCCAGCUCCAGCCAUUCUGUUAGUGCAAAUGUACAAAGUGUCUUACAUAUGAUGAAACAUCGUAGUCCAUGUGUCUUGUCACGGUGUCCAGAAGCAGCUGAACACAGGAUUUCUAGACGAACUAUUGCAUGCAAAUCUGUAUCCUCUUGUUCCACAUCAUCUUCUGUCACUGAAAAUCUAUCUGACCUUUUGCUGGCGAUACAAGAUGAGCUAGGCCAAAUGAGCUUUGAGCAUCAAGAACUCUUGAAGCAGAUACAAGAAACUCAAAACUGUGAAGUUCGUGAAGACCUAGAACGUGAAUUGGAUUGUCUUGUAAAGCAAAUGGAAAUUAAAGGGGAACAGAUAUCUAAGUUGAAAAAACACCAAGCUAGUGUCCACAAAUUAAAGCAAAAAGCUCAGAAAUUGAAGAGACAGUCAGCUCAUGUCCUACCAAAAUCUGAUGACCUAAAAGGAACAAGAGAAAUUCCAGUUACUUCAAGCGGAAGAGCAUCAAAAUCCUGUCCUGUGCAGAAAAGCAAAAGCUCGCUUCAGCUAUUAAAAAAUGUGCAGAAACUUCAGUCAACACUGAAAAAAGAUGAUAUCGUGUGGGAACAAUAGUUUUACAUAUUUAUAUAGGUAGUGCCUCUUACUGGCAUGCCAAAAAAAAAUGUCUGACACUUUUUCAUAGGUUUGGAUUUAACAAAUAUUAGACAGAAUUAAAUGAAUAAUAUUUCAUUUAUGCCAUGUCUAAAUGUUUUCUAACCGAAUAGUAAAUUUCAGUUGAAACUUAGGUUUGGGUUACUCACUUUCCCUGUAGCUAUACAUAUUUUGUAAUAUCUGUUUUAACUGUUUCAUGAAGUGUCCCAAUUUCUUUUAACUUACAAAAUUAAAAACUAUC